CUGACACUACUCCACGAACACCCUUGCGAACAUCUGACGAGACAGAUGAUAAACAAGUAUUGGGACGGAUUGUUUUUCACUGACCAAAGUGAAUAUUCGUCAGCGGGGGCUCGCUAACGUCCCCGCUGUCCCUAUGCUACACCCGGCAUGGCAGAGAGACAGGACAACGAGGUGGAGGACGCUGACCGGAUCUACCUGCUGAUGAAGGAGGAGUAUCGCAUCUCUAGGAAUGUGCGUCUGGCUUGGUUCCUGGGUAAACUUAACCAAGUCAUCUGUCCAGCUUCAAAGCCUGAACUGCUGAACUCGGAGAACGAAUUGGACUUGCUGAGCAUCCUACCUAAAGGAUGGCAGACGGAUUUCUCCCCCACCAUGUACCCCUACAUGCUGGUGCCAUCCACCCGAGCCACCUUCCUGGCCCGGAGGUACCGCUUCAUCAUCGAGCUGGACCUCAGCCCCUCCACAGGGAUUGUGGAUGACAGCACAGGAGAAAUGAUCUUCGACGAGGUGUUCCAUGCCCUGUCCAGAUGUCUGGCUGGUCUUGCUCAACCGUUCAAAGUCCCAGGAACUGAUCAGCCGUUCAAGCCCAAGAUCUUCGUCACCAUCUUGGCGUAUUCUUCAAUCAUUGGCCUCACCUCCCAUCAGGUUCUGGUCCAGGGCUGUCAGCUUGAUAGAACGGACCUGGUUGAGUUCCUGCAUCACAUCUACCAGCAGCUCAGGGCAGUGGAGAGCAACAUCGCAGAAGUCCUCCAUCAGCAGCACGAGCAGUCUGUGGAGCCAUCCCAGAGCUCCAGUCUCCAUAGCAACAUCCUGGAUGACCAGCCCCACAGGAAGCAAGGCAUUUCCAUGGUGUCAGCUGAUAUGGGUCUGGUCAGCAUGGUGCGCCAGGGCAUCCUGGCCCUCCAGCUGCUGCCCCCAAACUCCAGCGCAGGUAUCAUUAUAAUCACAGAUGGAGUGACGAGUGUUCCUGAUGUGGCCGUGUGUGAAACCUUGCUGAACCAGCUCAGGAGUGGAACCAUUGCCUGCUCCUUUGUGCAGGUUGGCGGUGCGUACUCCUACGACUGCAGCUUUGGUUACAUCCCCAACGUAGAGCUGAUGAAGUUCAUAUCGUUAGCCACCUUUGGCUCAUACCUGCCCAGUUGUCCUGAUGUGGACCUGAAUAGCCAGGAUAUGAACACCUACCACAAGGCCUUCCUAACCUACUCCUUCCUCAACACCCCUGAGUCCAUGAACUCCGAGUACUUCUGUGUCUCCCAGCACAAACUGUUCAAUGAGCACCUGGUGUCAGCCAGCGGUAACCCAGCCCUGGUCAUGAGGAGGAAGAAGCACACAGAGAAGGAAGUCCAUGCUCAUUUAAUCAGCGUGGUGUCUGUGCGACUGAGAGAGGGCUACACCAUCAGAGAGAUCAGCCUCACCAAAGGGGGGACUCAGCUGGAGGUGAAGCUGGUGCUGUUGUGGAAACACAACAUGCACAUUGAGUACCUGGCAGCCGCAUCCUGGCCGCUUGACCCCGCCAAGAGAACCACCAGGGUGGAGGUGACGAUGGAGGGGAGCUACGACAUCCUGCAUGACAUCAGCUGCACCCAGAGGAAACCCAUCACCAGCCCGUACCGCACAUCCGUCAUCCGGCGCUUCUGGAACACCCUGCAGAGCAUCAACCAGACUGAUCAGAUGUUGGUGCACCUUCAAUCAUUCAAUUCAAUACCUGAGAACUACAUGAUUCCUGAGAGCACCAAAAACGGAGUUCCUCUGUUCUACAUCCCCCCAGGCUCUACUACUCCGGUCCUGUCCCUGCAGCACAGUGGAUCCAAAGACUCCUCUCAGUCCCAGUUUGCUUCCUAUUGGAAGCCCAUCCUCUCCAUGGAUGCCAAUUUCUGGCAGAGAUGGCUACACAUGCAUCGCAUCGCCAUCCUCCUUGAACAUGACAUGCCUGUCCCCAAACACCUGCACACAGCUGGAAACAAUGGACGUUACAGCACCAUUCAGUGUCGUAUCUCCCACUCUGCCCUCACAUCCCUGCUAAGGGACUGGAGCAGCUUCGUGCUGGUGGAGGGAUACUCCUAUGUUAAACUCAUAUACAGUUCGUCGGACCAGCCCCCCACCUCCUUCUACCUGGUCCGCCUCAUCUCCAAGACGCCCUGCAUGGUUCUGCGUCUUGGCUUCCCUAUCGGAACACCAGCUCAUGUCAGAAACAAGAUUGUAGACGAGCUGCGAGAUCAGAUCCUCAAACUUCGCUUCCCUCAUCGCGUUCAGAACAAAGAGGCCACCCCCAAGACCAAGAGGAAGGUUGUGGGUCAUCCGUCGCCGUCCAAGUCUCCCUCCAUCCCUGCUCCCAAACCGGCGCUGUCAGACAGGCCGUGUGUGGUGGUCCUCAACAAGCCUCUGGAGAAGCUGCUCAUAAGGUAUGAGAAGCUGCCGCUGGACUUCAGGACUCCUUUCAUUUUCAACAUGGAGAACUUCCCUCAGCCCUCCAACAGCUCCGUCCCCCUCAGCAUGGCAGCCAACCGGACUGCCUCCUCCACCCUGGCCUCUCUGUCCCGGUACUUCCUGCACCAGCGCUGGGUGUGGGCCGUGCAGAGCAGCCAAGGACCGACCGUGGCCAUGCAGGCCGUCGCUCACAUCCUGUCCAUGCUGUCCGAGAUCCGCACAUCAGAAGGCUUUCACUUUGCCGCCAGCGGAGAGGGCAUCGUUAACAUGGUGAUCGAGCUGCCAAUGAAGGGCGUGUCAGGGGAGACGGACAGAGAGAAUCACUCUUGUAUCAUUCAGUACAUCCUGUUUCCACCUCACUCUACAUCUACUAAGGACAGCUUCUCCACUGAUGACGACAACGACACCGAGGUGGAGGCCGUGGACGUGGACACGGAGCUCAACCUUGUGACGGAGUGCUGGGUGGAGCCUCAGAGCGGCAUCGUGAAUAACUGCAUGGACCAGCAUCGCCACUUCCAGGGCCUCAAGUACCAGGAGAUCCCUCAAGCAAUCUUCCCAAGGGACCUGGCCUGUAUGUCCACCAUGAUGACCUUCGAGCAUUUAAGCCAACUGUGUCAGAACAAGGACCAGGUCUGCUCCCUGCCAGCUGGACUCAAGGAUGUGAGAGGAGAAGCUCUGGCCUCAGAGGACAGCAUCCACAUGGUUCCCUUCCAGUUUGACCUCGUCCAGCUGCUCCCAAAGUGCCAGCAGGUUGAGAUCUUCUUCCUCACAUUCAGCACAGCAGUGGAGAACGAGGAGCAGAUGCACAGCUCCCCCUGUCUGCCCAACGAGCUCCUGCUGAGUCUCUUCCACAGCAGCCUGGAGCACGAGCUCAGUGACAGAGAGGUCCCGUUAGCUGACGCCGACCACGUCGCCUUCAUGCACCACAUCUUAGAGCGGGAACGAGACGGCCACAUUGCUCCUUUCUCCUUACCCGUUAUCAAAGAGGAGUGUGUGAAGGCCCCAGACAGACAGGACACCAUGACGUCAUUCCACACCACCGGCAGCAGCAAAGAGGUGAUGGGAUCUACCAGCACUUUACAGAGCUUCAGUAAUGCAGACCUUGUGGAUGAGGACCCCAUGCUGGGGGAGAGGAGCUGCUCCACGCCACAGUGGAGGUGCUACGCCAAGUACAUCAGCUCCCAGCAGAUCAUCCUCACCUUCCUCCCUGCUUCCUUCACAGACGUUCUGAUGCUGAUGGCGUUGGGGCUGGAGGUGGAGCCUCGGAGCAAUGUCACCAUGCAGGAGGACGACACUCUGACCCCCAGCAACAAAUCCCAGGCUGACUCCCUGUCUGGCUCAAAAGGUGGCCUGGAAAGGUCCGAGUCCGGCUUCAGUCUGGCCGGCAAGCUGAGGAGCAGCUCCAGCAGCGGACACUUCACCGCCAGGUCCCCCGUGCUCUCACCGCAGUCCGAGGGCCAGACUGGGCCUACAGACUCCCUGAUCCCAGACCAGGACAGCUGGGACAGCAGAGUGUCAGAGACUGAGACCCCAGGCUCAGAUCUGGGAGGAGUCCAGUUCUCUGAGCCACAGAAGGCCGAUUUCCACAUCAGCUUCAGCAGGCAGGGGUCCCAGCAGAGCACCAGUGACGGCAGCCAAUUAAAGUGUCCCGUCUACGUCUACAACUGCUCCCUGGAGCACCUGAAGGAGCAGCUGGUUCACCCCAACUCCAGCCGGCAGCCCAAGGACGUCUUCUUCAGAGCUCAAGAUGCUGAGUCCUGGGAGAUGUGUCAGCAGAUGAAGUUCAGGUCUCUGUCCCAGGACCGCAGCAGUCCGUCCCCUUGGACCGACCUCCUGGCUCAGCCUCACAAACACAAGGAGCUAGCCAACUACUGCAGCCUGCUGCAGGAGCAUUACCACCAGAGCUACGUCAGAGGUGUGUACCGCAGCCUGCAGCAGUCCUACAGCAUCAGCUCCCAGGACGUCCUGAUGGCCAUGGACUACUGCGAGGAAUCCCUGCAGGAGAUCGACGUCACCUCCUUCCUGCAGACCCUCUGUGGACACAUCAGGGUUUUCAGGGAGCACGCCGGGACGCCAGGAUGGGGAGGCAAUCCAAAACCUUCGAGGAGCCCUGCCACCUUCAACAUCGGAGAGACGGAGGAGGAGCAACCAGAUGACAGGGCCGCCAUGGCCUCCUCGUCCAGCAUCGACAUGGAGGAUGCCGGUGAGGCUGAAUCCAGAAGGAAGUCCUCGGCUCCCACAUCUCCACUGAUCAAGGAUGAGUCCCAGACGGACAAGGUCCAAGAGUUCCCCCUGCUGCUGCUUCAAACACAGCCCAAGUGUGAAGUGUAUCCAGAUCUGCACGGCAUCAUACAGGAUAAAUUCAUGGGGAUCGUGUCCCAGUGUUUCAAAACAGUGCCCUCCAACCCACACUACUUCUUCUACUGCCCGCCUUCAUGCAAGAGAGAGGAGGACUCAGAGGACGGGGACAGAGAGAGGAGGCCCAGUGAGGAGCUGGUGUCAGAGGCUGAGCCCGCUACUGAGGACGAAAACUUGUCCGGCUGCUGCAUCAUGACUGAGAGCGACACCGACCUGGUGGUGGAGUACGAGGAGAAUGCGGGCGGCGGUUAUCCCGGUGAGGGCGACGACCGGUCCCUGUCGGACUCCAACACGGUCAACCAGGACCAGGACUCCUUCAGCAUCCUGGAGGGGGACUCCCUGCUGGAGCCCGAGGGCCCGCAGCUGGACAUGCCGCCGCUGUUUGUUCACGUCACCUGCUCCGUCAACAUGAAGAGCUGCCACGGCUCCAUGCCCAUACAAACGCUGCCUACCUGCCUCGGUGAGAUCAUUUCCUGCCUGGAGAAUGCCGAGGCCUUGCAGUCUGUGGAUCUGAAUGAGCUCUUGGUCACCUUAGAUAUUUUUGUCCUGACUCUACCUCUGGAGAUCGAAGUCAUGGCUGAUUUCCAUCAUAAUCGGUACACCUCAGAGAGCAGUGUGUCCCUGAAUCGUUCACCUGGACAGCCCUCCUCCUAUCGCUCUGAUGAGGAGCUGAUGGCGGUGUACGACAGUCUGAGGGGAGCCGGUGCUGACGGGGUCUCCAGUGAUCCAUUAUCCAAACUUCCACUUCCUCACAAGUUAGCCAUUCUGGCCACAAUGGACGAGAUCCGCUGGCUGCUGGAGGACGAGAUCGUCUCCGCUCUGCGUCACUCUCGGGUCAUCAGCUCCGCCACGCUGCAGAAAGUGGCCGAGCACGUUUGUCGCUCCAGCGGUCGACCGCACUGUCACUGUGAGGACGUCCCACUUCAGUUUGUCUUCGGGCCAGAGCAGUCUCUCGAGAGAUUCAGAGAGGAGUUCCGCAGAAUGUCUUUCUCUGGCUACGUGCUGAACGGAGAACAGGGCAGCUUUUACUUCAUGUCCCAGAGCAGACUGCACCCCCACAGGAUCCACGCUGCCAAGAGGCUGUCCGAGAGCACCGCUGUGACCCCGCAGCACGACCCCCCCGGCAGCUCCACUGCACAGGUGGAGGACGCGGUGCUGGAGAGUGAAGCAGAGGCUCAGGGGGACAGCGAGAGUGAAGACAAGCAGUCUCUCAGUGCUGCUACUGACACUCCCAGGGACCCUGCUGCAGAAGGCAUGAAGCCCGAGUCGGAGGACGCGGUUUCUCAGAGCUCGGCGAGCAUGUCUGGGGACCGAGGUCAGCCCUGUGCCCCCCAGCCCCACACCGAACGCUGCACAGAGACCACCUCGCCCUCGAAGACGCCGUCCAGUGUCAGCCUGGCUGAGUCCAUGCAGUUGGCCUCUCACAGCUGUGGCAAACUCAGGCCGAGCCGAGUCCAGAGUGUGGUCUCCAGUCAGGGCAGCCUGGACUCAGACAUGCAGGGGUAUGAUGGCGGCAGCAGUGACUCUGAGUGUGAGAGCCCCAUCCUGGAUGAACAGGAGUGUCAGCCGCCUCUGAUGCCCGACUUCUGGCUGAUUGUUAAGAUCCACCAGGACAGAGUGAAGGUCUACUCCCAUUCCAGGUGCUUCACAGAAGGCAAAGAGGUCAGUGCUGAUGAGCUGGAGAAGAAGGAGGAGGAGGAGCAGGAACUGCCUGAAUACUUACACCUGCAUCAGAUGGUGGUCAGGAGGAUCGGCGAAAUCUGCAGAAUAGUCAACCAGCGCAUGCUGCUGCAGGAUUUACACGACAGCCAUGUGUGUAACUCUCUGCUGGUGGCCGAGAGUGAGGAAGACAUCUGGAAGAACGAGUCUCUCUACAGGCAGAAGCUCAACACCUCUGAUGACUACAACACAGAGGAGAGCUACCCGGCCAGAGACUACCUGGCAGCCACCAUGCAUUUCAUCCCUGGACAUUUUGCCUGUGACGUGAUGUGGAGCACAAUCAUCCACAUUCACCCGCGCCUCAAGAUGGGACCCAACAUGGGGGUGGCCAGGGCGAUCCAGGCCCUGCGCUCUGUGCUCAACUCUUUCUGCGUGGUCAACAGGAAGAACAUGUUUGUCUACCAGGAGCGUACAACCAAAUCAGUCUACUACCUCAGGCUUUGUGAAACGUCGCUAACAGGGAAAUACUCCGACGUGGAUGGGAACCUCCACCUGACUCGCUCCAUUGGGCUCGCUAGGAGUCAAGAGCCCUUGUUGUCAGAGGAACCAGGGGGCUCCAGGUCUUCUCUGGACGGCUCGCGGCCAGUUGGACAAGUAGACAAGCACAUCCUGCUGCUGGUGCAUGGAGUGGGAAACGCAGGUCCAGAGAUCACAGACGAGCUGGUCAAGGUGCUGCGUAAGCGCCUGGAUGAGACCACCUUGGACAUCAUCACCGUCAUGCUCGUCAGGAACUGCAAGCUGACGCCGGCCGACGUGGAGUUCAUCCAGCCAUCAGGAUCUCCAGCCACUGAGGUGAUGACCUUCAGCCUCCCCCGGUUCUGCAUCCCCUGGUUGGCCGCUGUGGCCCACUACCUCAAGCAGAACCUCCUCAUCUUCCUGCACAUACCCAAGUACACGGACAGCAACACGGCACACCACUUCAAGCACUACUUUCAUUUGAGCAGUGAUUUGACUGACGGUGAUAUCUACCUCUACAAUAAACCUGGAGGCCAGGGGACGGGAGGCAAAGGAAUCGCCUGCAUCGCCCUCUCAUUUGUGGACGUCCAGGGUCGUCCCCUUCAGGUUCCGGCUCAGGACUGUGCUUCCCUGCAGAGGUCAGAGAACUGCACCAUCCCCCUUCAUCCAGACCAUUUUGAUGAGCUUACCACUGUGGGUAAAGUGGACUCCAUCGACAUCGGCUCAGAGCCACAGCUGUAUGUGCGGUUUGACAUCUGGGAGCAGGGCAACGUCAGCCCCUUGCAGCUGAGCGACAAAUUGCAGGGGGCGCUGCGCAACGCUCUCUGUGACGUCGUCAUGGAGCUGAGAGUCCUGCCCAACCCUCUCUGCCAAGCAAGCAAAGCUCAGAGAGAAGAGGCUAAAGGACUGGCUACUCCUCUGGUCGAGGUUAAAGAAGUGAAGGACAGCCCCAGACAGCGCAGUGGCUCGCGGGUCUUUAAGACCAGCCCCUCUCCCAUCACCUUAACCCAAGCUGUGGGGAGCGCCCCUGUGACGGGGACCAGCACACCCGAGUCCACCACGCCCACCAGCAAGAGCACCCGCCGCAGCUUCUGGGACAUACUGAGUAAGCCAGAUUCCUCUGAGCUUGGGAGCCCAAAGACAACCGACGACAUAGUGCAGGAAAAGGGAGAGGAGGGCCGAGCAGCACGGCGGAGACACAAGACCGAGAACGUGAAGCAGCAGUGGAGCCAGGAGAAAGCCAUGGCUGUAGAUCUGGAGCAGGCCCAGAGGAGGCAGGUGUCUCAGCUUGAGGAGGGAGACGCAGGCACUCUGCACCCCGUCUACCAGCACACCUGCCAGCCGUGGAUCACUUUCAUGGCUAAACUUGGCUGCCCCUCCAUUCAGCAGUGCACGGCUGAAAUGGCAUCACACUUCCUGCUUCCGUCCAUCUUGGCAGAGAUUGUCAGUUUGGUCAGUUCUCUGGCCAGCGACACAACAGUAAAGGCCUUUGAAAAGACGUGCUGCCCCUCAUCUGGAGACAUAUUUGUCCCAUUCCCUCUCGCCCACAACCUCAGCAAGCCUCCAGAUGCCACGAGGAGCUUCAUUCUCAUUGGCCGCAACUUCCAUCAGUGGCACUGCAGCACAGAGCAAGAAGACAGUUCAGAGGAGGAAAACCCCCCAGGGCUUAAUAGGUUCACACCUCAUAAGGGCUUCCAGCGCUUCGAGGCCCUGGAGCAGAGCGACUGGUUCAGUCCGAGCCAGGCCGUGGCGGGACUGGCUCCACGCCAGAGGUUCCUCCUCAUCAGCAUCCUGGACAAAAAGGUGACUCUGUACAGCUACAACUGGUCUGUGGACCUGGGCGCCUCUCUGAAUCGCGAGCUGGACCGCCUCGUGAAGUGGCAGAACGCGAGGGCUCACGUCGUCCACUGCCUGCUCAACCAGAAGAUGGGGCUCUUCCAUCACUACUGCUUCUCUGACGCGCCCAUCCAGGAAAUGGACUCCAAGCAGGACCCCAACCCGUUCCUGAGCCCCUCCAUGGAGCCUGAUGCGUUGCUGCGUAGCGCUGUGCCUCCUCUGCCCAGUAAAGAGCAGGGCAGGCUGGGUAGCUCAGGCCGAAGUCUGGCUCCUCUCCACUUCCCCUCUGAGCUGCUGCCCUUUGACGAGGCUCUGAGGGAUGUGUGCACCAUCCGGCCCUUGACGGAGGGGGACGUGGUGGCCCGACAUGGCGGCCAGCUCUUGGAGAUCAAAGUUGCUGAGCGGAGAGAACUGGAGAAACAGAUGAAGAUAGAGAACCUGUUUGUGACGUGGCAGCAGAGGUCAGCACAGUCCAACAUGCCCAUUUCAGGGACAGAUUUGGAGACCCUGAAGCAGUCGUCCAGGCUGGUCCACUACUGUGCAACCCCUCUCCUCUUCGACCCCAUCUUCCGCAAGCAGAUCCAAGAGGAGCAGAUCGUUCAGCCACCGGUGAAGAAACGCCAUCGCUCCAGUGACUCCACGGCGUCUGGUCGGGACCGGAGCUACAGCACCGACUCAGCCGACAUGCUGCCCAGCCGCCUGAAAGAAGAACCCUGGCUGUUGGAGAUUUCCAGCAACUUCCUCCAGCAGUACGUCCAGUACCUGCAGAGUAUGGGCUUCAUUCUCGUCCAGGUCCGGCCUCAGUCUCCAGCUCGCAGCACUGCCCGGGCUCGUGCUGCCAUGCUGAGCUCCAUGUCAUCGGAAGGGAGGAUGUCUUUUUCUUAUGUAAAGCAGAAGAGCGAGGACAGCCCUAAGAUUGCAGCAUCGGCCACCACCGCGUAUCACCUCCAGAGGGCGCUGCCAGGGGGCAUUGUGUUAAUGGAACUGGCUUUUCAGGGGUGUUACUUCUGUGUGAAGCAGUAUGCACUGGAGUGUUCCCGCAUUCCCAUGGGCCAGACCGUCAACUCCCAGGGCAGCCUCCUCACCAAACCGCGUUGCAAGCCGUUUCCAGAUGCCACCCCAGUAUCUGACUGUGCGCUCUCCAUGCUCUUCACCGAGGAGUGCGAUAAGGUGCGGGACCUGAUGCACGUUCACUCCUUCAGCUACGACUUCCACCUGCGGGUGGUUCAUCAGUACCUGGUCGGCUGCCAUAUGACGUUGCGACAGGGCUACCAGCUCACCGACUUCCUGGACGACUUCAUCUCCCAUCACCCCGACAUUCCCAAGUUCGGCCGCAACCAUGUCUUCCAAGGGAGCUUCUCCAUCUCCACGGGGAUGAUAACGGCUCAUCAGCUCUACAACUACAUCACUGACCACGCCAGCACCUACGGCAUGAAGCCGCUCCGCAUGUCCAAGGCUGCCGUCGCCACUGACAACAAGAAAGGGACGCCAGACCUGCACGAGUAUGCACUAGUGGCUCUGUGGAACAGUUCGGGUUCCUACAAGGACCUGGAGGGCCUGCACCACCAUGAUGACUUUGACGUGUCCCUAGUGGUGUGCCAUAAUGCCGCUCCAUUUGAGGAACAGUCAGAUGGGGAGAGGCAUUUGUUGAGGUUGCGGUUCUAUGUGAUCAUGACCAGUCAGAGGGAGCUCUUCCCCCGCCUCACUGCCGACAUGCGCCGUUUCAAGAAGCUCCCUCAGAUCCACCGGGAUCCUGGCGAGUCGGGUGGCCGGCUCCCUCCCGAUCGGGCAGAGGCCUGCGGGCCGCGCGGCGCCGAGCAGGACCUCUGGGAGGAAACGCCGUCUGAUGCCACAGCCAAUUUGGCUCCGAGCGACGGCAACGAGUUCUACCCUUUGGCGGGGGGCCCGGAGGCCCAGAGGCUGCUUUACCCCUCCCCUCUGUUCCCCCUGCUCAACAACGAGGUGGUGUCGGCCCGCAGACAGAUCCAGGCCAGCGUGGAGCAGGCCAUGGGUCACUGCCGCAGGGACAACCUGUGGAGGAGGCUGUUCCACGGGGAGCACCUGGCCCUGGACAAGCUGAAGCUGACCAAGCUGUCGUUCAGCGAGCUGGAGGAGCUGCUGGAGGCUGUGCAGAGCCGCUCGGUGGGGGAGAUCGACCCACAACUGGACUGCUUCCUGACCAUGAGUCCAGCCUGGUACCAGAGCCUGAUCAAAGUCCUGCUGAACCGUUUCCCUCAGAGCUGCAGACACUUUGACGACAACGGCAUCCAGUAUCUGGCUGUUCUGAACCAGAAGUUCACUGACUGCUUUGUUUUGGUCUUUCUGGACGCCCAGGCUGGAAAAACCAGCCUAAAGGUGGUGUUUCGGGAGCCGCUGCCGUCACAGCAGCCGGCCGGCAGCAGCCCUCCUCCCCAGCUGGUGUCCAUGUACCACCACCUGGAGUCCGUCAUCAACACCGCCUGCUACAACCUCUGGACGGGACUGUUGUAGAGCUGAUCAGUGCUGGAUUUACCUCAACUCAAAUCCACGUGAUCUUCGACCGGCGUACGAAAAAGUAAAGCAGCAGUCUGUAGAGUUUUUUGUUUUUUUUCAAGCGCGUCCAUGUAGGGAAAAUCCUCUGUGCCAGUAUGUUCUCCAAGCAGCUACGUGGAGCUCAGUUCUACCUUGAUACCAUGCAGCAACAUUAAGAAAAGCAUCAGACAGGACCGGGUUGUUACUGUGUUUGUGUCAGUGCCAACGACAGGAACCUAAACCAAGACCCAAACCAGUCGGGGAGAAAUCAAAUUCAAACUAAAUGGCUCCUAACUGGUGCGUAUAAUCCUCCAUUAGCUAGUUCAGUGUCAGCCUAAAUCCUCUGAUAUACUUGCUUUUAACUACGCAUUCAAGUGUGUGUGAUGACCAUUACAUGUAUCCUGUGUUCCUGCAGUGAACUUAACACUACAGGUCCACAAGAUGGAAUUAAACCCAUGAAGGAUGGUGGCAGUGUAUGUGUGCAGCAUGUUAAAGGGACAGUGUGUAUAAUUUGAUGGCAUCUAGCCAUGUCGUUUUAGAUCGCAACCAAUUCAAUAUGCCUCCGCUUACUUCUCUGUCACUGUGGUAACGUGAGCAGAAGAGUGCAAAACCACGGUAAUGCAAUAGGACUCGCUCAGAGUCCAUCCAUACCAUAAUAACGCUACUUCAGGAGCAGCGGAAGUCAGACGGCGGCUGGUAGUAACAUGGUUUUAAACUCUGCGGCUCACAUUAACGCAUUUUCACUUACGUUUUGGAGAACUACUGUGGCCUUAAGGUAACGUAAAAACAUGGAAGUCUCUCUCUAGAGCCAGUGUAUGGUUUGUCCGUUCUGGGCUACUGAAGAAACUUGGCGGUGCAGCAUGGAGGACUCCAUGAAGAGGACCAGCUUCCUAUUUUCGAUAUGAAGGACUCAUUGUAAGCACGAAAAAUCUCAGUUUCUUGUGAUUAUACACUUAUAAUAUGUUCCAUUUCUGCUAACAGAUGCCACAAAAUGCUACACACUGGCCCUUUAAGUUAUAUUUAUGACCAGAUGGAAUGUGUGAAGAUAUUCCAGUGUCAGCCAACGAUGAUCCCACUCUGAUCUGCCUCACAGUGGAUAAACCUUUAAACCCUCCAGGUACACAGUAUGCAGUUGCAGCAUAAACAAUGCUUCUCACAGUGCAGUGAAAUGUAUUGAGCCAAGAGAAAAAAAGACUAAAGAACACCCUCCUCUACCAUUAAAAGAAAUGGAUUCAAAUUUAUAAUAUAGACAAAAUAUAAAAUCUUGAGGAAUAUCAGCAGGGCUGCUACAUAGAGUUAGGUAGACAAGUUGUGUAAACUCACAUUACACGUUGUAAUAAGCUUCUGUGCAAAUAGAACCUGAGGGUUUUAGGUUCACACGGUACAGAUCAGCUGGACGGGCCGCGGCGUGGAGCUCACACUGAACGUUAGCACGCAAUCCACAUUUGAUUUUGUCCAUUGACAGUUCCAAUAAAGUCUGUUCAAAGUAGACCCCCCCCCAGUGGAGGUGUAGCUCCGCCCACCACCUCCACUAACCAAUAAAUAAGUAACAGGCUCAAUGUACCAUGAUGAGGACUCCUCCUGUUCAGUCAUUUGCCAUGUUUGUUUGUCUGACUAAAGAUGCAGGGGUGUUAUAAAACCCAAAUCAAGAUUUACCACCUGUAGCAGUUUGAUUGGGACCUGCGACUGAGGGUCUCCAGCGUCUAGACCGGACACCCUGUUAGGUCGGGUCCUCAGGGUUUACGGGGACGAGGUCUGUCUGGAAACUCAAGCACAGAACCUUUUACUGGUUAAGUGGAAAAGUAGAUGUCUCUGAUGUCAUGAGCAGAAUUCUUCUAGGCUGGUGGACCAGAUCCUGGACUUU